GCAUUUGGGUACGAACUUUGCUCAGUUGGGGCAAUAGUCGAGCGGCGCUCAUUUCAAUAUACAAAAUAUUAUUUUAUUUUCUAUAUGUUUUCCAUGAGCUUAUUCCUUUUACAAAUCCUGCGAGCAUAACGUCAUUUAACGCGAACGAGUUUAACUUUUGGCUAGCAAUUCUUAAAUUAAAGUAUAGCUGUUGACAAUUUUGGCAAUAUGAAACCAUCUGGGCUGAUGCUGCGCCUGCGGCAAAUCUGGAUACUCUCCGCUUGUCUGCGCAAUGAGGCGGCCCUAUCAGCGGCCAUGCUGGUGUUCCAGCGGCAUGAGCAGCACGUGGAUCGCGCUGAGCAAGAGCAGAAGCAAGCGGCCGAGGUGGGACUGGUGGGCGUCGACUCGCAGGGCAAGCUGCGUGUAGUGCGCGUGCUGGAUGACUAUGUGGUGCCCGCCGAGUGUGGCUUCUAACAGAGUUUAUUUGCAAAGAGUUUGCCAUUUGUGGAAUCUUAAACUGUAGAAAAUUCGAAUAAAUCGUAAUACACUUA